AUGCGCUUAAAGGCCACACCCCUGACCUGCGUUUUUGCGUGGGCACCGGAGGUUCUGGGAACACCAACGUUUCUCGCCGCGGCGUCCGUUGCCGGAGCAAUUGAUGACAACUUUUCUGGUGAGGCCUUUCUCGAGAUACGGUUGGUUGAUGUCACGCAGACGGAUGAGACAGAGAUGCCCGUUUUGGGUCGUACGGUGAUUCCGGCACACGCUCUCCGUGUUGACUGGAGUCCACACGGCGGGGAACGAGGCAUCAUUGCUGUUUCUUGUGAAGAUGGAGCCGUGUACGUGUACGAUGCGUCUAUCAUGAUGAAAAACUAUGGAAUCAAUCCUGACCGUAACACGGAAGAACCACGACUUUCUGUUAUUGCUGAGCACCGCGGCGCCGUCCGUGGUUGCCAAUUCAACCCGUCCCAACCCACAUUUCUUGCUAUCGGUGGCGACGACGGGGCAUGGGAUGUAUGGAUGUUGGAAAACCCACGAGAGCCGCAGCGUGUUCCUAUUAUGCCUGACUCUGCUCAACCGGCUGGCAUUACACACCUUCAGUGGAACCCGAAGUGGCCUCACAUUUUAGCCACUUCCGUUGCUAACGGCGUUGUCAAUGUGUGGAACCUGAAGACACAGACCCUAGCAGUGUCGCUGCAUGUAUCCAAGAGUGGGAAAUCGGGAUCAUCUGGAAACAUUAUUGCUUGGCAUCCAUCUAUGGCGACUCAAAUUGCUGUCGGACUCGACGAAAAACAUCCUGCCAUACAAAUUUGGGAUUUAAAAAAAGCAAUGAUGCCUCUUCGCGAGAUGCUGGGUCACGAGAAUGCUGUAACUGGACUUGCGUGGAAUAUGACAGACCACGCGAUUCUCGCGUCAUGUGAUGCGGACGGGAAGACACUAUGGUGGGACCCCUCGACUGGAGAGCGGAAUGGCGCACUGCAACAGCAAAACGGCUAUAUGGUUGACAUGAAGUGGUCUCGAGCACUUCCGGUGGUCCUGGCGACGUCAUCCUUUGAGCCGUUGUUUUGUGUAUCAACGGCUGAGGAUGUGUCUUCUGCCCCUGCCCCUGGUGCAUCGGUACAAAAGUCUUUGCAGCGCCCAUGUGGGGCUUCUAUUGGCAUAAGUGGGCUCGUAGCGUCGGUGUCUUCUCACUCCGCAAACGCUGUCAGACUUACACGUAUCGUCACAAACAACGCAUCCGAUCCGUCAGGGAUGAGCGGUGGGGAUCCUGUCGCUGAGAUUUCUCGACUACCACCCGCCUCUGUGGAGCGUGUAGAGUGGCUAAAGGCGCACCAAUAUCCACUUUUGGCCGCUGCAGCAGCGUGCAAAAACGAUCGUACCCCCAUCCUUUCCUACCUCGCCGAGGACGCACCAACUGAGGACACGGAGGACCCAUUUGAGACGAUGCAGGGCACACAAAAAUCAUUAGAAGAUAUUGCUGCUUCACAUGUAGCAGCAGGCCGCAUCAAUGAGGCGGUUGAGGCAUGUUUGGACGAAUGCGAGUUUGGUGAUGCCUUUGCUAUUGCCUAUUUGCAAGGAGGGAAGCUGAUGCAGCGAGUGCAGCAGGAAUAUACCAGGCAUAUUUUAAUGAAUUCUCAGGGGAAACGGCAUAUCGUGUAUGCGUCUGCAGUCGCCGCAGGAGAUUUUCGCUCGUUGAUGGUCGGUGGGAACGCGUUGUGGAAGGAGGCUCUUUCCGUUAUAAUAUCAUUUGUAGGGGAAAGAUUUUCGGAGGCUUGCGACAAGUUGGCACUUGCCCUCAAGGAAGCGGGUAACAGGGAGAGUGCUAUGACCUGUUUUAUUUGCAGUGGAAAUGUGGAUGCAGUUGCGGAACUGUGGCACGAGGAAAAUAUGCCUGUAGAGAAGCUGGUGCAGGAGGUACUUCUUCUUGAGGAAGUGACGGGGCGGAAGGUUACAUCAACGUUCUUUGGGGAUUACUUGUAUGAAUAUGGGCUGGGGUUGUUGGGGAAGGGGUUGCUUACGAAGGCGAUGCCAAUUUUUCAGCGGUCCGCUAACGUCGGCAAUCGCAACGCCGCAAUUAUGGUAGACCGGAUGAGGUUCGAAGUUCCGUGUGGACAGAUCACCUUCCCGUUUGUUGCGACUCCUCUUUCGGAUUCACUAAGUCAGUCGUGCUUGGAGUUUUUGGCUAACAAGGGUAACGGGCAGCAACAACAGCAGCAGCAACAACCUCCAUCAGCUGUGCAACCCCAGUACCAGCAGCAACGUAUGGGAGCCACGAUGCCGCCACCGACACAACAACAGCAGCAGCAACAGCCUCCAUCAGCUGUGCAACCCAAUAUGUACGGUGGGCAGCAGCAACAACCUCCAUCAGUUGUGCAACCCCAGUACCAGCAGCAACGUAUGGGAGCCACGAUGCCGCCACCGACACAACAACAGCAGCAGCAACAACCUCCAUCAGCUGUGCAACCCAAUAUGUACGGUGGGCAGCAGCAACAACCUCCAUCAGCUGUGCAACCCAAUAUGUACGGUGGGCAGCAGCAACAGGCGCCGGCACCAGGGAUCAUCGCCCAACAACCGGGACCGGCGGUAACGGCGAACUCCGCUGCACCGGUACCCAGACUGAUGCCUCAUCCCAUUUCUUCCUGGUCUUCUUUGGGGUCUGUUGGAGGAGGUGUGGUAACAAACCACCCCCCUGCCACUGCGACGAUGAGCGGUUACUGUGGUGCUCCUCCUCAAAAUCUGCCGAGUCAGGAAUUGCAAGGUCCGGUUCCCACUUCCGCCCCCCCACGCCCGCCGAACCAUAUGGAUCCCCAACGUUCUAUGCCAAUGAUACCCCCGCCGUCAUGUGGGUCGUCAGUAACAUCUGUACAAGGGCUCCACGCGCCAGCACAACCGACGGUCGUUCCAUCACUGCCGUCGCAGCAGGUCAUCGGAACUCCUUUAGCACCACCUCAGCAAUUUCCUACUCCUGCGCAGCCACCGUCAGGUCCACGUGGAAUGCCUCUACCUCCUAGGGCGCCAUCAGGAUUAGACACCAACCCGACAUCGACUUUUGGUGCACCUCCAACAGGAAGUUUGCAUCGGACGGGUAAAAGUUCCCCGUCGCCGGAGCCGUCAGCUCCGCGGGUUGGGAAUAUGAUGGUGGCACCACCAGGGUCGGCACCACCGUCGAUGACCUCGGGUGGGCUUCCACCACCACGUAUGCCCAGUGACGGCUCAAAUGCCAACUGGAACAUGAACCCCCAGAGUGUGACAAACCAACCCCCUCAGGCAGCAUCGAUGACAGCGCCCAGUUCUGUUGCUCCUCCUCCCCCCGGGAUUCCUUCCACUGCAGUUGGUACCGCACCCCCUGUGGUGACAGCUCCACGGGUAGGCGGCGUGGCGUACGCUCCGGUCGCGAACCCUGGCGCCCCACCUCGGUUUGCAGCCGCAGGUGGUCGACCGGCGGAUGAUUUUGGUUUGUCGUCGUUUGAAAUUUCGUCGCUGAACCCAGAACAUCGGGACUUAGCGCAGAAGUUGCGCACGACCAUUCAGCAGGUAGCAAACGCCCAACGCCGUUCAGCCAUAGCAAAGGCAGCUAUGGAGCUAUUCCAAGCCUUGCAGACAGGUUCUUUACCCCCAGAUGUGGUUGGUCUUCUAUCGGAGUAUAUCAAUUGUUUAGGAUCACAACGCUCAAGGGAAAUGUGGAAAGAGCUCGCCACUAAGCACUUUUCGGCAAUUCAACAUAUUAAUAACCUCAAGUUUCUGCAGUAG